GACACAACGAGUCCAUUGACCAGUAAUUGGAAACUACGAACGCUCUUUCUGGUCCCCCACAUCACCCAACAACACAUCACCAACUGCCUAACUCGGAAUUCGUUUUCCUUGACUUUCGUACCAGCUUUGUCUUUUUCUCCCAUUGCCUGCCGCACGAUGUUCGCCGAAGAAGAUUCCUGCCUAGCCUACAAUGGCGAGGGUAUAGCCUACCAAGAAUUCACUUGUGUUCAUCCCGAACUGGAUCGAUUCUACUUGUCGUAAGUCACGCUAUCGACCCCCCUACACACUGAGCUAUAUACGUACAUCCACACACACACACACACAUAUAUAUACCGUCGCAUACUCACGAUUCCUUGGUCUCACACUUGACACGUUUGGUCUGGAUGUCUCGUUCCUCCCUGGCAGUGUGGAAAAGUACUACGACCCGAUUCCGGUGUCGCAAUGGAUGGAAGCGCAUCCGUUGGUUCCCAUUGGCGCCUGCCUACUCUACGGACUCUUGAUGGUGGCGGGACAGGCCUACUUUCGCACACGCGAACCACUCCGGGCGCGGACCUCCCUCGCGGCCUGGAAUCUCUUUCUGGCCCUCUUUUCCCUCGUCGGCAUGCUCCGGACCUUUCCCCAGCUUGUACACAACCUCGCGACGCUCACGCUCCGGGAAAAUCUCUGCGCCAAUCCGCAAGCCACCUACGGAUCCGGAUCCACCGGAUUGUGGGUACAACUCUUUAUUCUGUCCAAAUUCCCUGAACUCAUUGAUACAGUAUUCAUCAUUGUCAACAAGAAGAAACUCAUCUUCUUACACUGGUACCAUCACAUUACGGUCCUCCUCUACUGCUGGCACAGUUACGUCACCAAAUCCCCGCCGGGAAUUUUCUUUGUCGUCAUGAACUACACCGUCCACGCCUCCAUGUACGGAUACUACUUUCUCAUGGCCAUCCGAGCCCGACCCCGUUGGCUCAAUCCCAUGAUUGUCACGACUAUGCAAAUAUCGCAAAUGGUCGUGGGCGUCGCCGUCACCCUCCUUGGCUUUUACUACUCGGCACGUGCCGCCGACCACCAAUCCUGUCGAAUUAAACGGGAAAACAACACCGCCGCCUUUGUCAUGUACGGAUCCUAUCUAUUUCUCUUUCUGCAGUUCUUUGUGGGACGCUACGUUGGCACCCAAUCCCCAGUCGCGUCCAAAAAGACGGCCUAA